GGGGCCUGUUUCUCAGCCACUAGCUGGGGAAACACAAGGAGAGAGAGACUCCUCAUGGUCACCGUUUUCCCAGCCUCAGCCUUCCCAUCUGCAGAUGGGGAUUGUUGAAUUCAAUGAGUUCUCUCUUCCUGUCUACAUGGACCUGGGUACCAGGCUUCCAUUGUUGCUGACACUGGAUGGAGUUCAUAAGCCAGGACCAGCAAGCGAAGGACCCCAGAUGCCAGACAAGGACACCAAAGCUACAAUGGUCACAGAAGACACAUCUGUGGGCAAAGCCUGCCCAGAACCCCAAGAUGUGCAAUCACGUGCAUUCCACAGCAUCAAGUUCUUCGUCCUGUGUCACAGCCUGCUGCAGCUGGCGCAGCUCAUGAUCUCCGGUUAUCUCAAGAGCUCCAUCUCCACGGUGGAGAAGCGCUUUGGCCUCUCCAGCCAGACCUCAGGGCUGCUGGCUGCCUUCAAUGAGGUGGGGAACACAGCCUUGAUUGUGUUUGUGAGCUAUUUUGGCAGCCGAGUACAUCGGCCCCGUAUGAUCGGCUGUGGGGCUGUGUUGGUGGCCCUGGCAGGCCUGCUCAUGAGUCUCCCGCAUUUCAUCUCGGAUCCAUAUCGCUAUGACCACAGCAGCCCUGAGGACAUGUUUCAGGACUCCAAGACUUCCUUCUGUCUGCCCACAACCUCGGCCCCAGCCUCUGCUUCUUCCAAUGGCAGCUGCUCAAGCUACACAGAGGCCAGACAUCUGACGGUGGUGGGGAUCAUGUUUGCAGCACAGACCUUGCUAGGUGUGGGUGGAGUGCCCAUUCAGCCCUUUGGCAUCUCCUACAUCGAUGACUUUGCUCACCACAGCAACUCACCCCUCUAUCUUGGGCUCCUGUUUGCAGUGACCAUGAUGGGGCCGGGCAUGGCCUACGGGCUGGGCAGCCUCAUGCUACGCCUUUAUGUGGACAUUGACCGGAUGCCAGAAGGUGGUGUCAGCCUGACCUCAAAGGACCCCCGAUGGGUGGGUGCCUGGUGGCUGGGCUUUCUCAUCUCUGCUAGCCUGGUGGCACUGGCUGCCAUCCCCUACUUCUUCUUCCCCAAAGAGAUGUCCAAGGAGAAGCAUGAGCUCCGCUUCAGGAAGAAGACCUUGACUGAUCCAGCCUCACCUGUCAGCAAGGGUGAGGACUGCCCUUCUGAACAGAGCCCUGAGGAGCCCACAAAGAAGCAAGAUGGCCUAGCUCAGCUGGCCCCAGACCUGACUGUGAUCCAGUUCAUCAAAGGAAGGAAAGCUGGGCCAACCCUGCCUGCAAUCUCUCCUGCCAGCACCCAGCCUGGGCAAAGGCUGUUCCCUGACUGCUCAGCAUCCUGCUCCUGCCCGCCAGAUGAUUUUAACCCUGUGUGUGACACCGUCGCCCAUGUGGAAUACACUACACCCUGCCAUGCUGGCUGCACAGGCCAUGUGGUCCAGGGGACUCUGGACAAAAGCCAGGUUUUCUACACCAACUGCAGCUGCGUAGUGGGGGGCGGCCCAGUCCCUGCAGGCUCCUGUGACUCAGACUGCAGCCACCUGGUGCUACCCUUCAUUCUCCUGGUCAGCCUGGGGGCAGCAGUGGCCAGUGUCACCCACACACCCUCUUUUAUGCUCAUUCUGAGGGGAGUGAAGAAGGAAGACAAGCCUUUGGCUGUGGGGAUGCAGUUCAUGCUCCUGAGAGUUUUGGCCUGGAUGCCCAGCCCCGUGAUCCAUGGCAGUGCCAUUGACACCACUUGCAUGUACUGGGCCCAGACCUGCGGGCGUCAAGCCGUCUGCCGUUACUAUGAUCACGACUCGUUCCGAAGCAGAUUCAUCGGCCUCCAGUUUUUCUUCAAAAUGGGUAGCCUGGUGUGCUUUGCCUUAGUUUUGGCCAUCCUUAGGCAGCAGAACAAAGACACAAGGACCAAGACCAUCGUAUCGAGUCCUGGCCCAGAGCAGCAGUUGUUGGCAUCAGGGAUGGAGAAGAAGCCGGAGGAUUCCAGGGUGUGAGUGGUCCUGGCCCCACCUGGUCAAGCAUGGCAGCCUUGCAGUACACUCUCUCAGCUUUUGACCAAAGACUGAGUGUCCAAAAUACUGUGUUCCAAUUCUGGCUUCUCUGCCAAAUUGCUGAGUUACUUUGGACAAGCUAUUGGCCCUCUCUGGGCUUUUGUUUGUCAUUAGAACCAGAGUCAUUGGGGAGUUGCUGUGAUGGACACUUCUGAAGCCAGAGUGUCUUCUUCAUUGCUCCUGGA